AUGCACGUCUUCGUCGUGAAGCCCAGACUGCACGCGCAGUUUACAUUCCCUUCUUCCCUGCUUACGCGUCAUUCUGCCGUCGCAUACCACUCGCCGUUCUCACCUUCAGCCAUCAUCUCCGUUCCUAACGGAAAUGCCGCUUCCCUCGGUGCACCUUGCCCGUCCACUCCAGCUGACAAUACCAAUUUCGUGGCGCCUAUUCUCCGCGCCGAUGCGCAGGUGGACCACCCGCAAGCUUUCAAGAAUCGCCGGUCGCUCAUGAUCAAUGGAAUCCCGAAUCGCGACACGCCGUGCGCCACGAGAAUGACGUGGUGUAACCAGACGGGCCUCACCGGGGCCAAGUGGGUGACGUGGCUUCCGAGCCCCACAGACGGCUGCCUCAACUUCCCGCCGGAAUACUACUCGUCGACGUAUUACGGCUCGGUCCAAAUCGAGUGGUACGCGCCGACUCAGGCGAUGAAGAGCGACUGGUACUUCGUCACGUGCCAGCAGCUCCAGUUCUACUCGAGCCGCGACUGCAAUGUCGGCGUGCAGCAGCUGACAUGCCCCACGGACCGCAACCCGCCGUUGCCCAGCAAGAGAAGCCCGUUCCCCGCUAUUCGCACGCCGAUCAAGUCCGUUAGUUGCCUAUACUGGCAGGACCUGACCAAGUUGUACACGUGUCCGGCCAACAGCCACCUGGAGACCAAGUGGGCGGGCGCCAAGUGCUACUGUAACAAGGGCUUCGCUGAGCAGAACGGCGUGUGCGUAGACGUGUGCACGCCGCUCAACUGCGGGCCCAACUCAGACUGCUACGUGUCAAACGGAGCAGGCGUGUGCAACUGCACGGACGGUUACCGCAUGGUCAACAGCAAGUGCGAGGCCGUCGGCAACUCGGACUUCAUGGAGCCGCACAACGCCGCGCGUGCUGACGUCGGUCUGCCGGCGCUGACGUGGAAUGACACUCUGGCCUCUGAGGCUCUUGCCUGGAUCACCCAGCUCUCCACAACAGACAACACUUGCAAAACAGCCACCCGCAACAGCGCCCUGUCGUACGGCCAGAACCUGCUGACGACCAUCGGCAUCGGCCAAUGGACCGGGAGAAUGGUCGUCAACUCAUGGGUGGCGGAAAAGGCGAGCUACACCUACGCGCCUCUGAACGGCGGGUGUGCGGCCGGUGCGAUCUGCUCUCACUACAUCCAGAUCGUGUCUAAGCAGUCGACAGACGUCGGAUGCGCUUCCAUCACCUGCGCCGGUGCGGGGGCUCAGCUCUGGGCCUGCUUCUACUCGCCCAAGGGCCUUGUCAAGGGCACUUAUCCCUACUAG